GUUCGGCUCCUGCAUCAUGAUGACCCAGAAGUAUUAGCAGAUACCUGCUGGGCUAUUUCCUACCUUACUGACGGUCCGAAUGAACGAAUUGACAUGGUCGUGAAAACAGGAGUUGUGCCCCAACUUGUGAAGCUUCUAGGAGCUUCUGAAUUGCCAAUUGUGACUCCUGCCCUAAGAGCCAUAGGGAAUAUUGUCACUGGUACAGAUGAACAGACUCAGGUUGUAAUUGAUGCAGGAGCACUCGCUGUCUUUCCCAGCCUGCUCACCAAUCCCAAAACUAACAUUCAGAAGGAAGCUACAUGGACAAUGUCAAACAUCACAGCUGGCCGUCAGGACCAGAUACAGCAAGUUGUGAAUCAUGGAUUAGUCCCAUUCCUUGUCAGUGUUCUCUCUAAGGCAGAUUUUAAGACACAAAAGGAGGCUGUAUGGGCCGUGACCAACUAUACUAGUGGUGGAACAGUUGAGCAGAUUGUGUACCUCGUUCACUGUGGCAUAAUAGAACCGUUGAUGAACCUCUUAACUGCAAAAGAUACCAAGAUUAUUCUGGUUAUCCUGGAUGCCAUUUCAAAUAUCUUUCAGGCUGCUGAGAAACUAGGUGAAACUGAGAAACUUAGUAUAAUGAUUGAAGAAUGUGGCGGCUUAGACAAAAUUGAAGCUCUACAAAACCAUGAAAAUGAGUCUGUGUAUAAGGCUUCGUUAAGCUUAAUUGAGAAGUAUUUCUCUGUAGAGGAAGAGGAAGAUCAAAACGUUGUGCCGGAAACUACCUCUGAAGGCUACACUUUCCAAGUUCAGGAUGGGGCUCCUGGGACCUUUACCUUUUAGAUCACGUAGCUGAGGCAUACAUUUGUUGUGUACCAUGUUUGGUAUUUUGUCUUACUGUUUCUCUACUAAGAACUCUUUUUAAAUGUGGUUUGUUAUUGUAGCACUUUUUACACUGAAACUAUACUUGAACAGUUCCAACUGUACAUACUGUAUGAAGCUUGUCCUCUGACUAGGUUUCUUAUUUCUAUGUGGAAUUUCAUAUCUUGCAGCAUCCUGUAAAUAAACAUUAAAGUCCACCCUUUUCUUUACU